CCGAGCCUUCUCUCCGGAAGAGAGCUCCCCUUCUGUUCUCUUCCUUUGCCCGAUGGCGAUUUCGGGGAAGUCGCCGCUCAUAUCCUCCGUUGCCCUCGUGCUUUCUCUCCUUCCGCUCGCCUCCGCGGAAGUCUUCUUUGAGGAGCGCUUCAAUGAUGGAUGGGAGAAGUGGUGGGUAAAAUCUGAUUGGAAGAAGGAUGAGAAGAUGUUGGGUGAGUGGCACCAUACUUCGGGUAAUUGGAGUGGCGAUCCAAAUGAUAAAGGCAUCCAAACCAUUGAGGACUAUAGAUUCUAUGCAAUUUCAGCAGAGUUUCCGGAGUUCAAUAACAAAGACAAAACCCUGGUUUUCCAAUUUUCAGCGAAACGUGAGCAAAAAUUCGGCUGUGCCGGGGCCUACAUGAAGCUGCUUGGUGGUGAAAUUGAUCAAAAGAAGUUUGGUGGUGAGACGCCCUAUAGUGUCAUGUUUGGACCAGACAUCUGUGGGCAGAACACCAAGAGGGUUCAUGCCAUUCUUUCGCGAAAUGGAAAGAACCACAUGAAUAAGAAGGAUGUGCCAUGUGAGAAUGAUCAGCUGACUCAUGUAUACACUCUCAUCAUCCGGCCGGAUGCUACAUACAGUAUUCUGAUAGAUAACAAAGAGAAGGAAUCAGGGAGCAUAUAUACUGAUUGGGAUAUCCUUCCUCCAAAGAAAAUUGAGGAUCCUGAAGCCAAAAAGCCUGAAGAUUGGGACGACAAGAAAUUUAUUAUUGAUCCUGAACAUAAGAAACCAGAGGGUUAUGAUGACAUCCCCAAGGAGAUACCUGAUCUUGAUGCUAAGAAGCCAGAAGACUGGAACAAUGAAAAAGACGGUGAAUGGAAGGCCCCCAUGAAGCCAAAUCCUGAAUACAAGGGGCCCUGGAAAAGAAAGAACCCCAAUUACAAGGGAACAUGGAAGCCUCCAAUGAUCGAUAAUCCAGAUUACAAGGAAGAUCCAGACAUUUAUGUUUAUCCCAACUUGAGAUAUGUGGGCAUAGAGCUGUGGCAGGUUAAAUCUGGAACCCUGUUUGACAACAUUUUAAUUUGUGAUGACCCUGAAUAUGCAAAGAGGCUUGCUGAAGAAACCUGGGGCAAAAACAAGGCUGCUGAGAAGGAAGCUAAGGAAGCAUUUGAUGAGGCUGAGAGAAGAAAAGAAGAGGAGGAAUCUAGGUUUGAUCCAAUUAGAGAGGAUGAAGAAGAGGAUGAUGAUGAUGUUGACAUAGACCUAGAUGAAGACAAGGAGAAACCACAUGAUGAACUCUAGACAGAGAUAGAUGAAGCUGCUGCUGACUACCAAAUUUUCCAGCCAUGGUUUGUUCCACCGAUAAUUGUCAGCUGGCUUUUUUUUUUCCCAUUUUCCUCCCCUUAUUGCAAAUCUCUCUUGCUAAAGCAGAUGGCAGUACCUGAUAUAUUGUCAAAUUUCUUAUGGUGUUCAAUAAUCAGAUUGUUAACUCUUGUCUCAUGGGUACCAUUUUAGAGAAAUAAAAGUAACGAUCAGCCUCAUUGCCCA